CUCGCAGGCGAAGCAGCUCAGCGUGUGUCGGUUACAUGGUGACAGCAUACAGACUCUGAGGUAACUACUUGUUGAUAUGAAACUAUCGAUCCGGGCGGAAAACAGCAACAUUUAGCUCGCGGACUCCUGCAUGGUCGCUAGCUAGCUAACAGUUAGCUUCGGGAGCUACUUGGCUAGCUGCUAGCGAGGUCCAGCCCAAAAGUUGUUUACCCCAAGUUGUGGAUGUGGUCUCCCCCCGAGCUUUUCGCGUACUUUCUCUGGGAUAAGAGAGCAAGGACCAAAUAUUCACACUGGAUUUAACACCGCGCGCUGUUAGGAAACUAGCAGGAUGUCCACAGAGGUUGAGUGCAGUCAGGUCGGCUCGGGUUUGACAGCGGCGGCCAGCUCCGGCGGAGCGGAGGAGAACAACCAAAACAAGUCCGAGGGGGCUCCAGAGCACGAAGAGAAGCCGCAGAGAGGCUCCGAGAAGCAGCUAGCGGACGGCCACGGCUCCGAGGCGGACAAAAGCCCCGCGGACACGCACAAGAAAUGCAAAGAAAACGAUAAAGAAAAUGACCAAAGCGGCAACGCUGACUCGGCUGUCGAGGCGGUGAAGAGGAAAGUUGUUGAAGCUCCUCCACCGAAAGUCAACCCGUGGACCAAGAGGACCACGGGCAGGGUGCCGAGCAGCAACAUCAACUCCAGCUCCCAUGAGAAAGAUCAACAAAACGCUCUGAAAGUGGUCCGUGCCAGCAAGCCCAGAACGAGAAAAUCCAGCAAGUCAAGUGAUUUCAGUGAUAUCACAAACUGGCCCACACCUGGUGAACUGGCCAAAGAGCAACAACAAAAUGUGCUCAACAACAACGGGAAGAAGCCUCCCUCCUCGCGCCGAGACAAGGACAAGAGGAGGGAACGGACGGAGAGGAAGUCAGAGAGCAGCCACGACGGCGGCGAGAGCAAAGAGAACCACGAGGCUCAGCUGGACCCGCUUGGAGAGCUGCCCAAAGACGGGGAGUCGAAGGCGGGACAGGACGCCAAGAGCGCCGGCCUGAAGAAGAGGGGAGGUGAGGGUAACAAACGUAAGUGGGUUUCUCUGCCGCUGGAGGAAGCGUCCCGGGACGAUGGCGACAAGACGCACGGCAGGGGUUCGGCGCGCUCGGACACAGAUCCCAACAGCGACUCACCCGACCCCGUGUCGCCCAAUCACACACUCCAUAAUAGCAGGGCGCAUGAUAGCAGCAGGAGUUGGAGGAGAGAGCCGCGGGACUUUGGGGACGAUACCGGCAGCGUCCGAAGUGAGAGCGGGAGCGUUCGUGGAGGAAUACGAGGCCGAGGGAAAGGUCGCGGGCGCGGGAGAGGUCGUGGAAGAGGACGUUAUGAAUAUUCUCAGAGCUUCCGGGACGCUCAGUCGUCCGACGGCUCCGUUCAGGUCCCCUCAGAGUUCGGCACCAACAUGGUUUACUACUACGACGACGGCAACAAGGUCCAGAUGUACACAGUGGAUGAAAAGCUUCUUAAAGAAUACAUCAAACGCCAAAUUGAGUACUACUUCAGCCUCCACAACCUGGAGCGAGACUUCUUCCUGAGGAGAAAGAUGGACGCGCAGGGUUUCCUCCCCAUUUCCCUCAUCGCCAGCUUCCACAGAGUGCAGGCCCUCACCAUGGACCUCAGCCUCAUCAUGGAGGCUCUGAAGAGCAGCAAAGAGGUGGAGCUGGUGGACGAUAAGGUUCGCUGUAAAACCGACCCGGAGCGCUGGCCCAUCCCCACCCCCACCGUCGUGGGUUCCCCUCGCACCGACUUCUCGCAGCUCAUCAACUGUCCCGAGUUCGUUCCUCGACAGACCCUCAACUCCACAAACUCCGCUUCAUCGCCUGUGAAGAAGACUCCUCCUGAGUCUGCGGAGCCUCAGGACUCCUCAGCUGAACCCAGCUCCUCCAGUCAGGAGUCACUCCCCGCCAAAAACGACCCCCAGCCCGACCCCGACGCCUGGAUCCAGGUGGAGAAACGCCACCGACAGCCCUCCGGAAAGCAUGUCAGUGAUGAUGUGUGUGUCGUCGACUCUCCUCCCUCAUCGCUCCAACCCGACCUCCCCUCUGCAGGGCGGAGCGAAGCUUCUCCACGCAGCCGCCAGCCUCCACCGCAGGCCGAGCCCGACCAGGAGGAGCUGGACUUCCUGUUCGACGAAGAAAUGGAGCAGAUGGCGCCCAGGAAAAACAAGUUCACCGACUGGUCGGACGAGGACGACUCGGACUACGAGCUGGACGACCAGGACGUCAACAAGAUCCUCAUCGUCACCCAGACCCCUCCGUAUCUACGUAAGCACCCCGGUGGCGACCGCACGGGCAACCACGAGUCCCGCGCCAAGCUCACCGCCGACCUCGCCAAAGCCAUCAACGACGGGCUGUUCUACUACGAGCAGGACCUGUGGAAGGGAGCGGAGCAGGUGGAGUGCAGCAAGCAGGACCAGGAAAACUUCAAGAAGCUAAACGUCAUCAGUAAAGAUGAGUUUGAAACUCUCACACCCAAAGUGCCCGUCGACACCAACCAGGAAGUCCCACCUCCUCUCAUGCCAGUGGACAGCGGAGCAGAGUUGGCGCGCUCUCUGCCCACAACGGUCCCAGAGUCGCCCAGCGCUCAUCAGCCCCGAACCCCCAGAACGCCUCGCACCCCCGGACGCCAGGACCCCAACAAGACGCCACGCUUCUACCCCGUCAUGAAGGAGAGCGGCACCAUCGACGGACAGACGCCGAGGAAGAAGAAGACCCGCCACAGUUCGAACCCUCCUCAGGAAGCCCACAUCGGCUGGGUGAUGGACUCCCGUGAGCACCGGCCGCGAUCUGCAUCCAUCAGCAGCUCCAACGCCUCUCCGUCAGAAGGAGCUCCGCUGUCGGGAAGUUACGGCUGCACCCCGCAGUCGCUGCCCAAAUUCUGGCAUCCAUCGCACGAGCUGCUGAGGGACAACGGCUUCACUCAGCAGGGAUACCACAAGUACGACCGACGCUGCCUUAACGAGAGGAAACGGUUGGGGAUCGGCCAGUCUCAGGAGAUGAACACUCUGUUCAGGUUCUGGUCCUUCUUCCUGAGGGACAACUUCAACAGGAAGAUGUACGAGGAGUUCAAACAGCGCGCGCUGGAAGACGCCAAAGAAAACUACAGGUACGGACUGGAGUGUCUCUUCAGAUACUACAGUUACGGUUUGGAGAAGAGAUUCAGGUUAGAUCUCUUCAAGGACUUUCAAGAAGAGACCCUCAAGGACUUUGAGAAAGGUCAGCUGUACGGACUGGAGAAGUUCUGGGCCUUCCUAAAAUACUCAAAGAUGAAGAACCAGCCCAUCGACCCAAAGCUGCAGGAACAUCUCUCCCAGUUCAAGAACCUGGAGGACUUCAGGGUGGUGCCCCCGAUGGGAGACGAGGGAGGCAGGAGGAGACGUCACUCAUCCUCGGCCGGGGAUGAAGGGAGACGUCGGCGACAUCCUUCCAACACUACCUCAAAGCAGACGCAGGCCUCCAAAUCCUCCACCGCCUCCGCCGCCGCGGCUGCUGCAGCGCAGAACACACCCAAAGACAACGCCCAGAAAACAGCCGCCGCUGCCAGCCAGGGGAAGAAAGGCGAGUCCGGAGCUGGGAAGAAGGAAAGCGUCGCACCAAAUAAAUGAAGCUCCCUCCUGCAGGUGUGGGUUUGGAUAGAAGAAGACGUAGAGCGAAGCAGCGGCGGCGACGAUGAUGGCGGCAGCUCUGAGAUCAGCGCUCGCUCUUUUCAGCGGCAAACCGUUUGGGUAUGAAGAGAGACUGAGCGUGGUUGACUUAAUUUGAUUGUUUUUAUCUGUGCAUUUCAUUUUAAAGCAAGCAAGCGUAAGCAGUGAGCUUGAAUCUGUGCGCCUGACAGCUCGUAACGUUUACAAAACAACAACGAAAAAAAAAAUGCAUUCCCUGCAUUUUCUGCCUUUUUAUUCUCUCAGAUGCCAAAACUCUGCGACACGUUUUGUUGAGCUCCGCAAUCUGUAAAAGAGCUCCGGUCUGCACGGAGCUCUCGGCCCGUUGAGCUGUGAUUCUAGUUUGCCAAGACAAAGCAGAUGUGUGCCUUAAUCUGAUUCACGAGGACGACGACGAGGGCGAUCAGGGACAAAAUAGUCCAAAUUUCACGUUUUAAACGCUUCCCAAUUCAGUAUUUUGGGUUUUUAUUUUUUUUCUCGACAAACAUUUUUUAUCACGACAAUCAAGUCUGCAGUCAUGAAUUUGUGAAGGACUGACCCCCCCGAGGCUGGUGCUCACUAACAGGUGUGCCCUCAUCUUUGACUGACAGGCCUCAAAACUCAUCACGC